UCGAAUCCAGAUAUGCAAUUUACUUUUUUGAUGUUUUUUCUUACAUAAAAAGAAAAUAUUUUAACUUGUGAAUAAAAGUAUUACACUAUCAGCAAUGGACCACUUUUGUCGUCUAUGUCGAAGAAGUGGAGAGUUUGAAUCCGUUUCCAUUCUUGAAGCGUCCCGUAACCAUAGUGGUGAAAUAAUUGCUGUAAUUAUGCAAAAUUGUCUUCAACUCCAGAUUAUUCCGUCUGACGGAUUGCCACAGCGAAUCUGCAAUCUUUGUCAGGCUCAGCUAGAAAUGUUCUAUCUGCUUAGAAAAGUUAGCUUCAAUUCGGAAUGCUAUUUCAAACAAUUGCUUGAACAUAAAUCACAACAGCAUACGAUGAUGUCAAAUAUGAAUAGUGACGUUCAACUAAAUCGAGAUGUAGCUGAUUUUCCUGUUGACAUAAAUCAGCCGCCACAAAUCGACCAACCAGAAAUUAAAACCGAACCAAUUGAAAUAAAUAUGCAUGAACAGCAAACCCACCAGCAAUGUUACGAAGGUUCUUUUCAUACCAUGGAACAGCUGGAAGUGAAAACAGAACCCAACGAAUUAAACGAUGAACCUCAGCACUAUCCCACGUAUGAAGGAGUUUACGACACUAAUGCAAAUCAUGGUACUUCCAUAACAUCCAACAACGGCGAAUGGAUACCCGUAGUCGAUGUUGGUAGACCGCUCGAUAAGCCUAGACCACCGAAACGAUAUUCAUGUGCGGAGUGUGGUUAUCAUUCGCAGUACAAGGCUAACCUAUUCCGUCAUAUCAAACUACGGAGGCAUAGUCUGGUGCAACAAGGCGUAAAAACUCGUCCAAGACGGCGGCUUACAUUAGACGAAAUUUUGGCCAACAGCAACGCACCCGAGAUGAAAAUUUACGCAUGUCGUAUAUGCGGUUACAAGACUGCUUUCAAAGGGAAUGUAGAUCGACACCAACGUAGUCAGAACCACCAAGGAAUCGAUGUGAGUAUCUAUGGUAAAAAUCAACCGCGGAUGGAUUGUUUGGUGAGCCAGCGAAUGAAAUAUGCACCCGACGGACGCUAUCAGCCAGUAAUAAGCACAAGUGCACAAGCAAUGACUGUCCCGUAUGCGGAACCAGUCAACCAGUCACACUGCAUAAAUCAAGCAGAGCAGGAACUUCUGCGUGAGAUACGAGAUGAAUUCAUGAAAAUCAAUGCUUCAAACAGCGGAAUCAAUAUGUUUCAUCAAGAUCCUUGUUAGUUAGUUGUAUCGAGAGAUGUUUUCUAAACAAUGCAUUUAGUCGGAUUGGUUGAAAUAUUCUUUAAGUGACGUUGUUUCUGAUUGUGCAGCGAUAUGUUGUUUGAAUAAAUUGUUUAACAUGUA